UUUAUAACUCACCCCUUUCAUCUCUUCAACCACAUCAUCACUCUCUCAAUCUCAAAUCACAGUAACAAUAACAAACUAUUUUCCAGUAGAAACAGUUUUUUCAGUUAUUAUCUUUCAGCAAUGGCACGUACUAAGCAAACUGCACGCAAGUCCACCGGCGGCAAAGCACCAAGGAAGCAGCUCGCAACAAAAGCCGCUCGGAAAUCCGCUCCGGCGACCGGCGGAGUGAAGAAGCCACACCGUUUCAGGCCAGGAACCGUCGCACUCCGUGAGAUCCGCAAGUACCAGAAGAGCACCGAACUUCUCAUUCGCAAACUUCCUUUCCAGCGUCUUGUUCGUGAGAUUGCUCAGGAUUUCAAGACGGAUCUCCGUUUUCAGAGCUCUGCUGUGUCGGCGCUGCAAGAAGCGGCGGAGGCUUAUCUUGUUGGAUUGUUUGAGGAUACUAACCUCUGCGCUAUUCAUGCUAAGCGUGUUACUAUCAUGCCUAAGGAUAUUCAGCUUGCUAGGCGUAUCCGUGGCGAGCGUGCUUGAUCUUGUUGUUCGUGAGUUGUGAGAAUGUCUAGGUUUUUUGUAGAUAACCGUUGCUAUUUCUAUGAAUUUCUCUUAAGGAUCUUGUGAUGUUGUAAUUCUGCUUAAUACUCUCUAUCAAUGAAAUUAAUCGUUUUUUGGUCAA